AUGCAACUCGGCAGCAGUCUGGUUUAUGUAUUGUUCAGUGUGCUGCCAGUCUCUAUCAAAAUUUCUAACUUAUUUCUGUGUGAAUUUGUACCAACAGACGAUGUCACUGAGGGUAAUACCUUCCGUGAGAAAUCUGGUUACUUCCGCAAGAUUCUCAAAGGUUCUUGUGAGUUCGUCUUCAUCGACUCCCCCCUGAAAAUCCCUAGCCCUGCUGACACUGUGGACCAGGGCUUUGGCUGGUGGUUCUCUCAGAGCGACGACUCCUUCGACCCCGCCGAGCAUACAGACUUUCUGCGGGGCUUCGAUGAAUCCGUGGAGGUCGUAAAGAAUGCACUCAAAGAGCAGGGCCCUUUCGAUGGCAUCUUCGCUUUCAGCCAGGGCGCUGCCUUUGUUACCCUCCUCCAACUCCUAAUGGAACAGCAUCCACAGGAGUGGAAUGCACCCACCGUGAAUUUCGCUAUUCUCGUUGCCCCCUUCAGGAGUCGCUCAAGCCUCCACGCCCCGCUUUACAAGGGGUUAAUCAAAAUGCCCACCCUCCUCGUCUAUGGUAGGGAUGACAAGGUUAUUCCCGCAGAAAUGACUGAAGAACUGCUGCCCCUCUAUACGGCUCCACAAACGACCUUCGUGCAUCCUGGUGGCCAUAUGAUCCCAACCACCGCUGCAGCCAAAGAGGCGUUCCGAACGUUUAUCGGACAAUUUUUACCAAACGUCAAAUAA